GAUAAAUAAAUUUUCCAGCGAUUUCUGCCGGAUUCUCUGUUUAGCCAACUAAAAUGAGCAAUACAGAAGAAUCGUCCGGUAAACGACCUCAAAAUGGUGCUGAUUCCGAAGAAGAUGACGAAUGGAUUGGCCCCUUACCAUCGGCUGCUGCUCCCCCUAAAAAGAGAAAAGUAUUGCAAUACGAGAAACUGUAUCUGGAUAAUCUACCGAGCUCGGAGUGUUACGAAAAGUCGUUUAUGCAUCGGGACACUAUCACGCAUCUGGUGGUGACCAAAACCGACUUCAUUGUGACUGUGAGUUUGGAUGGACAUGUGAAAUUCUGGAAGAAAAUGGAACAAGGGGUCGAGUUUGUUAAGCACUUCCGCAGUCACCUGGCCCCCAUUAACGCACUGGCAGCCAAUACCACCGGAACGUACUUGUGUACCGCUUCGGUGGAUAAGAAUGUGAAAGUGUUUGAUGUGGUCAAUUUUGACAUGAUCAACAUGAUCAAGCUGGAUUACGUUCCGUACCGUGCGGAGUGGAUUCACAACACCGGCGAUGCCAUCGCGUACUUGGCAGUGGCGGAUCAAGAUUCCAACAAGAUCAACGUUUAUGAUGGAAAAGGAAGCAACAUUCCUUUACACGUUCUCGAUAAGUUGCACACCAAGCCGGUGGUUUUGAUCAAAUACAAUCCUGUGUUUGAGCUGACCGUAUCCAUCGACAAAGCAGGAAUACUGGAGUACUGGUUGGGGGCACGAAGUGAUUUCAAAUUCCCUUCGAAGCUUGUUAGUUUUGAGUCCAAGUUGGAUACGAGUUUGUACGAGUUUGCCAAGAAUAAGACGAUAGUCACAUCUCUGGCGUUUUCACAGGAUGGGAAAAAGUUUGCUACCGUUUCGACAGACAGGAAGGUGCGCGUUUUCGGUCUUCUGACUGGAAAGUUGCUUCGAGUGUACGACGAAAGUUUAGCGCGGUACAGUGAGAGCCAACAGUUGUCUCAGGCUUUGUCAAAUAUGGAGUUUGGCCGAAGGAUGGCCAAUGAGCGAGAUCUGGAGAAGUCAGACUCUUUCAAUUUGAUAAACAUUGCCUUUGAUUACAGCGGCAAUUUCGUUAUGUAUCCUACUAUGCUGGGAAUUAAGCUGGUCAAUAUCGAAACAAACAAAUGUGUCAAAAUUAUUGGCAAGAACGAUAACUUAAGACCGCUCAAUUUGGCGCUGUUUCAGGGACGUGUAAAAAAUUCUAAGGCGGCAAUAACGUUAGAACAUGAGGCUUCGGAAAAUCCUACCCUCCAGUCAGCAGCAAACGAUCCAACGCUUUUUUGUACAGCUUACAAAAAACAACGCUUCUAUCUCUACAGUCGAAGGUUGCCUUCUGAUCUCCAGGAUGACGACCGCGAUGUGUUCAACGAGAAACCGUCAAAGGAGGAUAUCAUCUCCGUUACAGAAGGACAAGGUUCCCAAAAACUUUACGAUCACGCCGUUAUUCACACGACGAUGGGUGACAUCCAUAUGCGGCUCUUCGGUAAAGAGUGUCCGAAAACGGUGGAAAACUUUUGCGUACAUACCAAAAACGGUUACUACAAUGGGCACAUCUUUCAUCGUGUUAUUAAGGGAUUCAUGAUUCAAACGGGUGAUCCCACUGGAACCGGCACCGGUGGUCAAUCGAUUUGGGGUGGUGAGUUCAAGGAUGAAUUUUGUUCCACACUGAAACACGAUCGACCGUACACAGUCAGCAUGGCCAAUGCGGGCCCAAACACCAACGGAAGUCAGUUCUUUAUCACGGUGUUGCCAACGCCCUGGUUGGACAACAAGCACACCGUAUUCGGUCGCGUGCACAAAGGCAUGGAAGUAGUGCAGAAUAUCUGCAACAGUAAGACGAAUCCGAAAACCGACAAACCCUACGAUGAGAUUCGGAUAAUUUCUAUCAAUCUUACGUAAAGGAGGUAUGUUUUACAGAAAUGGAAAAUAGUGUGGUGAUUUUUAUUAUAUCUAAACAUUGAUUACCAUGAAUAAACUAUUGUAUUUGACUGUA